AUGCUGUCACGCGUCCAAUCUAAGAUAACAACGGCCGAGGAACGCAAGAGACGCAAGGAAAAUUUCAGAAAAAGGAGUAAAAGCCUCAGGGUGUCGGGGAACGCGAGUGUCGACUUACUUGGGGAACCGUCCAAUCCGCACGAUAUAAUAGUCGAGCCUAGAGAAUCCGACAAUAUAAACGCUGGCCCGGUUGGAGAGUCGAAUAAUAUAGUGCUAGACGUGCCUGAGUCAGAUAUUGCAACGUUCCAGUUACUUGGGGAAUCAGACAACCUGCCUGGGAAGGCGAUGGCGAUGGAUGUGGAUGUGGAUCUAGUCUCCGCAUACGAUAUGAUGGAUUUAAAUAUACAAGUCGGAAUUGAGGUCAAAGGGCAAGAGUCAAUGGAGCUACGAUCCGCUGGAGGUCCCGACACAUGGCAGGUGGUCAAUUCCCCGAGGAUGAUAGAACCGCAUGAUCGACAAGUCUGUGGCCCGAACUUGUCGACGACAGUACUCGAUCCGACAGAGCUGCUUGAGGGUUGGGACUGGGUCUUUCAAAAGUAA